AUGUCUCUAUUAAAGCUAAAGUAAAUCGAUAUUGUAGGAUCAAAUCCUAUUAAAACUGAAGAUUCUGGUAAAGUUGACACCAUAUGCUUUGAUAAAACUGGAACACUAUCUACUUUAGGAUUAUAGGCUAAUGAUUAUAUUCCACAUCAAGAUUCUUUAUUGGAAAUCAUGGCUUGUUGUCAUCAUUUGACCAUUAUUAAUGAGGAGUUGAGUGGAGAUCCAUUAGAAUUAGAAAUGUUUAAAUUAUCUGAUUGGAAUAUCAAUUUUGAUAACUAAAAGUAUUUCAAAGUUUAAAAAAACGAAAAGAGUUUUUAGGUGAUAAAAAUAUUUGAAUUUAGUUCCCCUCUGUAAAGAAUGAGUGUUAUUGUUUUAAAUGAAAUUGAAAAUCAGUAUCAUUUAUUUGUGAAAGGGUCACCGGAAAAGUUGAUAGAACUAUCAAAUCAACAAUAUGAUAAAUCUCUUUUAAUUUAACUACAGUAGUAGACUUAUUAAGGUUUAAGGGUCAUUGGUUUAGCUGAAAAAUAAUUAAUGCUCGAUUAGAUUGAAUUAGAUAGAAAUAUCUUGGAAAGUUAAUUAAAUUUUAUUGGAUUAUUUACUUUGAAAAACAAUUUAAAGAGUGAUACUCCCUAGAUUAUUGAAGAAUUAUUAGAAUCAAGCUUAGAUAUAAAAAUAAUCUCAGGAGAUAAUCCUUUGACUACAGUACACUGUGCUUUUGAGUCAAAUUUAAUUAAGAAUAAAUUGAAUACUCUUAUUUUAGAUUAUGAUGAAUAAAAAGAGUUACUUUUAUUAUUAGAUCUAAAUUAAAAAUUUUAAACCAAAACAUAGUUAGAUUAGAAGUUAGGAUCUUAGAUUAAUUUUAUAAUUACUCAAUUGGAAUUAAUUUUAAAUAGAAAUAGCGAUUUUGCUAUAACAGGUAAUUUAUGGGGAUAUCUGUUAUCAAAUAAAGUCAGUGAUAUUUCUUUGAAUUAAAGUAUUGAUUAAUCAUAAUAUAAAUAAUUGAGAUAAACAGAUGACAUCGACAACAGAUUAAUUGAUUGUUUAAACAAUUUGAUCAGAAAGACAAAAAUCUUUACAAGAAUGAAACCUCAUUAAAAAAAGGAAAUUGUAUAAUAUUUGUAGAACCAAUUAAAUAAAAAUGUUAUGAUGGUUGGAGAUGGUGCUAAUGAUUGUGUAUUUAAUUUUAUUUUAAUUUAGUCAGCAUUAGCUGAAGCUCUAGUGGGUGUUUCAUUCAAUUCAAGUGAUGCUUCUUAUACAUCCCCUUUUAGUUAUAAAAAGGAUUCAAUUGAAUGCGUUAAAUUUAUCUUACUCUAAGGAAGGGCCACUCUAAGUAUUAUUAUAGAAAUAUUCCAUUACUACAUUUUGGUUAGUGUACUUAAAUUCACAGGAACAGCCCUUUUAUAAUUUUAAGGGAUGAACUUUGGCGAUUUUUAAUAUAUCUACAUGAACUACCUAUCAAGUAUUCCAGUGUUAAUUUUAUUCACUCUAUCUUUAAGAGAAAAUCAAUUAACUGAUGCAAUUCCUAAUGAUAACAUCUUUUCAAAAAAUAAUUAAUUGAAGUUUUAUAAUAUCUUUGUCCUAACUUCAUUUAGUUGCUUAAUCAUAUUCUUUAUUGUAGUUGAUAAUUCUGAAGCUCCACCUUUACCAAACCCAAUUGAAACUUAUUUCAAAGAAGGUCCACUCAACUCUGUUAUGAUGUUGGCAAAUCAAUAUUAUAAUNUAAAGAAUGAGUGUUAUUGUUUUAAAUGAAAUUGAAAAUCAGUAUCAUUUAUUUGUGAAAGGGUCACCGGAAAAGUUGAUAGAACUAUCAAAUCAACAAUAUGAUAAAUCUCUUUUAAUUUAACUACAGUAGUAGACUUAUUAAGGUUUAAGGGUCAUUGGUUUAGCUGAAAAAUAAUUAAUGCUCGAUUAGAUUGAAUUAGAUAGAAAUAUCUUGGAAAGUUAAUUAAAUUUUAUUGGAUUAUUUACUUUGAAAAACAAUUUAAAGAGUGAUACUCCCUAGAUUAUUGAAGAAUUAUUAGAAUCAAGCUUAGAUAUAAAAAUAAUCUCAGGAGAUAAUCCUUUGACUACAGUACACUGUGCUUUUGAGUCAAAUUUAAUUAAGAAUAAAUUGAAUACUCUUAUUUUAGAUUAUGAUGAAUAAAAAGAGUUACUUUUAUUAUUAGAUCUAAAUUAAAAAUUUUAAACCAAAACAUAGUUAGAUUAGAAGUUAGGAUCUUAGAUUAAUUUUAUAAUUACUCAAUUGGAAUUAAUUUUAAAUAGAAAUAGCGAUUUUGCUAUAACAGGUAAUUUAUGGGGAUAUCUGUUAUCAAAUAAAGUCAGUGAUAUUUCUUUGAAUUAAAGUAUUGAUUAAUCAUAAUAUAAAUAAUUGAGAUAAACAGAUGACAUCGACAACAGAUUAAUUGAUUGUUUAAACAAUUUGAUCAGAAAGACAAAAAUCUUUACAAGAAUGAAACCUCAUUAAAAAAAGGAAAUUGUAUAAUAUUUGUAGAACCAAUUAAAUAAAAAUGUUAUGAUGGUUGGAGAUGGUGCUAAUGAUUGUGUAUUUAAUUUUAUUUUAAUUUAGUCAGCAUUAGCUGAAGCUCUAGUGGGUGUUUCAUUCAAUUCAAGUGAUGCUUCUUAUACAUCCCCUUUUAGUUAUAAAAAGGAUUCAAUUGAAUGCGUUAAAUUUAUCUUACUCUAAGGAAGGGCCACUCUAAGUAUUAUUAUAGAAAUAUUCCAUUACUACAUUUUGGUUAGUGUACUUAAAUUCACAGGAACAGCCCUUUUAUAAUUUUAAGGGAUGAACUUUGGCGAUUUUUAAUAUAUCUACAUGAACUACCUAUCAAGUAUUCCAGUGUUAAUUUUAUUCACUCUAUCUUUAAGAGAAAAUCAAUUAACUGAUGCAAUUCCUAAUGAUAACAUCUUUUCAAAAAAUAAUUAAUUGAAGUUUUAUAAUAUCUUUGUCCUAACUUCAUUUAGUUGCUUAAUCAUAUUCUUUAUUGUAGUUGAUAAUUCUGAAGCUCCACCUUUACCAAACCCAAUUGAAACUUAUUUCAAAGAAGGUCCACUCAACUCUGUUAUGAUGUUGGCAAAUCAAUAUUAUAAUAUGAUAAUUUGCAUAAUUAUUUACUAAUCAGCUCCUUUUAAGAGUAUAUUCUCUAUUAUUAUAUUAGAGCCAUUAUAUAGAAAUUGCUCAUUAUUAGCGUGGAUUGUUUUAUGUUUAGUCAUAGCGUGCAUUGUAACAUUUAAUAGAUCUACAAGAAGUUGGCUAUCAAUUGUGGAUAUCGAAGAGAACAUGUAAUUAUAAUGAUAAGUGUUUUAGUUUUAAACAUGUUGAUGUGUUGAUAUUUUUUAUAAUUCUCUGUACAAGUGCAGUGUGUUAUUUCAGCUAAGCAAUUUUAAAACUAAAAUUUCCUUUAAUAAAAUCAAUUUUAAAAUGA